AUGGAUACUCAGUCUCAGGGCCCCCCAGUCGCUCAGCAUGGCUCGUCCGACGAGGAUGAAGUCUCCGCAACGGAGGUGGAACCGCUGGGAGAAGCCACACCAUUAGGCAAAGCGACCUUGUCAGAAUCAAUGAUGAGUGAGGAGAGUUCCAUUUUCAACGCCCUACGGACAGACUCUGGCACCGAAGACCUCGGCUCGAAAUUUGGCUCGGCAUGUCAAUCUCCUGGCAACCUGGAUAGCAGGAUCGCUGCCAAUAUGGCCAUGUUUGUCCCCCUUGCGCCUGAAGCAACGGAUCCUCCCCAGCGGGCGGACCGUGAGCCAAAGUAUUGUCCGGAAAAGAAUACACAAUCCCCUGGUUGGCAUCCCCAGUUAGCAUUGGACAGCCGUGUGCUAUCCACAGAUGAAGGGAAGGCGGUUGUAGCCUUACCUGCAGACGACUCGCUGAAGCAGAACCUCCUUGAUACGUUGCACUUCAGGAAGGCAGUUAGUCUCAACGAUGCAGAUGAUACCUCGAGAACGUUUAAAUGGCCGGGUAACCUUGACUCACCAGUCAGCCCUGCACUUCCCACUUAUCCUCCACCAGCGAGAGCGCCCACACCCCCGGGACUUCCUUCAUUUGGUACUCGAGAAGCUGUCUACUACACUGCUCAAUUCCCCGUCCGUUCUGCCACUACCAGUGGGCGAACACAGCAGUCGAGUCCAAGCCCGCCUAGGCGUGCGGGUAGGCGCGUUGCUGAUGGCUCUAGAACGGGAUCUUACGGAGGGAUGCUACGAAGGCUCCUCAGCUUUUCAUCGUCUCCUCCCCCGCAGCCUAGACGUCAGACAUAUAUUGUGGCGAGGGCAGAAGAUGGUACUGCGGUCCAAGGUCGCUUUCCUUAUAGACAGAGUGGUCACGGCAUGAACUUGGCUAGACGAUUGGAGGACCAUCCCUUUCACCGAACUGCCAUUUCAGCUACUUGCGAAUAUGGUGUUGAUGUUGAUAGCAGCGCUACACAAGAGGGACAAAUUAACACAAGACUCUCAGAUGCAAAACAGGACCAGACUGACAGCAUCGAUCCUGUAAACACAGGCACGGGUAGUCGCAUGCGAAGACAUCGCCCACAGAUCGGCCUGAAUAGCUUACUACCGUUGCCUCGCCCAGUUCUAACAUCUUCUUCUCAACGGCCAGCCUCGGCAAAUGCUUCUCUUCCUACGUCUAGGGCUGACUCGUUUUAUACCUGUGCGUCUCGUUCGCAAAUGCCAGGCAUACCCAGGCAUAUGGAAACCCUCGAUGCCCAAGGCACUGAGAGCGUGGGGGAUUCUGCGACAUGCUAUCUUGCACCCACGGAGUCACCACCCGUCUGUACCGCACAGGAAGCAAGUGAGCCCGCCAACUUUAACUCACGUCCUUGGCUACAAUCGCUGCGUGGCGUCAACUCUUGGUUUCCCUGCUGCAUGGGGGCUCGUAAUGAGCAGGACGCCGCCUUUCAUUCGAAUACAACCUCCAAUGACACAUACGCCACUGCGAGAAGCCAUCUCUCAUCGAAUGCAGCAGAACAUUCGCAUCCUAAUGUCCCGACAAAUCAGUUGCAAAGCCUACAACAGUGGUUCUCAGGAGUUUGGAGGUCGCUUCAGACGUUUCCCUCUCGCAACGUCCCGGACACAAGCCCGAUGUCGGCCUGAAUCAUAUACCAAUGAUUGCUUGAACCAUAACUUGCAUACUUAUGUGAGGCUGUCCUUUCAGUAGCACAUUUAUCGGACUGGAGGUGCGCCAGAUACAUUUGAUCGUUUCUUCGUUCUUCAACCCUCGCCAAACGGUCCAUAUGCAAGACGCGCCUUCAUCGACGGGGUUGCUUCUAUUGUCCAG